AUGGAUGCAGGUGUAAGAGGUUGUGGCUCGAGAGGUUAUAGUAGAGCUGGUGCCCAUGGUGGCAGAGUUGGUGGCCGUGGAGGCCGGGAUCGUUGUCGUAGACUACCAGCGGAUUCAGGAGAGAGUGCAGCACCGACUGUAGCGACUGCCCGUUUAGGAGAUAUCACGUUUGUACUGAAGACUGGUCCACAGCCGGCCGAACGCACUCGGCCGGACAGGAAGGGAAUUGGCUUCGCUCGGCCUUCACCAGGGCCGAUCCGCACGACCACACUGUUUGAACCGGGAAGCAUUGCCCCGCGGUCGACCAAUAUUUACCACAUGUCCCAUGCAGCCGACCGAGCGCAGCGAUCGAUCCGGGAAGCAAUGAACCGCGCUCGACCCAUUCCUCGACAUGCGAUCAAAGCAUCCGGCCGAACGCACCGGUCGACCAGGAAGGAAAAGGAAUACGGAGAAGACCAUGGAGAAGAGAAGGAGAAGCCUCAAAACGUUUCCAAGCAAGCUCUUUACAUAAGAUCUUAUGAAGUUAUCAAAUCAGUGAACUCUGAUCAUGAAAGUUGCUUAAGAGACAAGGUUUCGACUGUGAUGCCUAAAGAGUGUGAUGCAGAUAGUUCUAAGGAAGUUUUCCACCUUGAGAGACGUCCUAGAGAACCUCCAAAACCAGCACCAUCUGACACUCCUUGGUUUAGACACAUUGCCAACUAUCUUGCUGCUGAUCAUCCACCACCCCAAUUCUUUGGCUACAAGAAGAAGAAAUUCUUACGUGAUGUUAGAAGGUACUUUUGGGAUGAACCUUAUCUUUAUAAACAUUGUUCUGAUGGUAUGUUUAGAAGAUGUAUUCCAGAAGAAGAAGUCCCAGGAGUUCUCUUUGCUUGUCAUGGAUCUGACUAUGCAGGACAUUUUGCUACUAACAAGACUGUUGCUAAGAUCUUGCAAGCUGGUUUUUGGUGGCCCACCAUGUUUAAGGACGCCCAUGACUUCAUCUCUAAGUGUGAUGCUUGCCAGAGACAAGGAAACAUCAGCAAAAGGAAUGAGAUGCCACAAAACUUCAUCCAAGAAGUGGAAGUUUUUGAUGUUUGGGGAAUAGACUUCAUGGGUCCUUUUCCUUCUUCUUAUGGGAACAAGUACAUCCUUGUUGCUGUUGACUAUCUGUCUAAGUGGGUAGAAGCCAUAGCCAGCCCUACAAACGACUCCAAGGUGGUGAUAAAGUUAUUCAAGUCGAUCAUCUUUCCAAGAUUUGGUAUCCCAAGAGUUGUGAUUAGUGAUGGAGGAUCUCAUUUCAUCAACAAGGUCUUUGAAAGUCUUUUGAAGAAAAAUGGAGUGAGACACAAGGUUGCUACUCCUUAUCACCCUCAGACAAGUGGACAAGUAGAGAUUUCUAACAGAGAAAUCAAGAGGAUCUUAGAGAAGACAGUGGGAAUGACAAGAAAGGAUUGGUCAGUCAAGCUUGAUGAUGCUCUUUGGGCAUAUAGAACUGCAUUCAAAACCCCACUUGGAACAACUCCUUUUCACCUUGUCUAUGGAAAGGCUUGUCAUCUUCCUGUUGAGAUUGAGUAUAAGGCGGAAUGGGCAGUAAAGAAGCUAAACUACGAUAUCAAGACAGCAAAGGAGAGGCGCUUGAUUCAGUUGGAUGAAAUUCGUCAUAAUGCCUAUGAGAAUUCUAGGAUCUACAAGGAAAGAACAAAAGCAUAUCAUGACAAGAAGAUAGUCCCCAAGACGUUCUCUCCCAAUGUUCUCCUUUUCAACUCACGCCUGAAACUCUUUUCCGGUAAGCUUAGAUCGCGAUGGUCCGGACCUUUUAAGAUAAAAGAAGUGAAACCAUAUGGCGCUGUUGUACUAUGGAACCGUUCUGGAGGUGAUUUCACUGUUAAUGGAAAAACUCAAGCCAUAUCUCGCAGACAUUGA